AUGUUCACUAAAAUCUUAGCUCUUGGUGCUAUAGCAGCGGUGGCACAGGCUGGUAACCUGGGAUAUGGUCAUGGAGAUUACGUGGUGUCUUCUCAGCACAACUUAGUGCACCACGAUGCUCACUACGCCGCGUCUCCCCUUGGCCAUUCUGCCCCUAUUGUUCACGCCGCUCCCAUCGUUCACGCCGCUCCCAUCGUUCACGCCGCCCCCGUCUACGCUGCUGCUCCCGUCGCCGCUCACGGAAGCUACUAUGGUGGUCACGGACAUGAAGACUAUUAUGCUCACCCCAAAUACAAGUACUCGUACUCCGUUGAAGACCCCCACACCGGUGACCACAAGUCCCAACACGAGGUGCGUGACGGAGACGUCGUGAAAGGAGAAUACUCUCUGCUUCAACCUGAUGGCUCUUUCCGCAAGGUCUCCUACUCUGCUGACGACCAUAAUGGUUUCAACGCGGUAGUCCACAACUCCGGCCCCAGCCACCAUAUCUACUCAUCUCAGUACCAUCAUUAG